AUGGUUUGCGCCGAUCAAUAUGUUUUAUGCAACCCAUCGAUUGCGUCAUGCACUUCCCCAGCCGGUGUUCUAAACCUGGUAAACAACUUGACGAGUACCACCCUAAAUUUUAGUACAACCCAGCUCUCUACAGCUGAUCGAAUUCUCUAUUCCCUGAUUCAGUCGAAUACAGAUACAACUGUGGCAAACCUCGGUACAGCGGCGCUAUGGGCCAACAAUAUGGUGACCGGACAUAUCUCUUCCGGCCUACCGGAUGAUCAGUGGAAGACUGAAGUGAUUAGCUGGUUUCAGACCAACCUUGCCAUGCUACAGGCGUACGUAGUCGAUUUUGCCUCCAACACAGCUGACUUGGGUCCUUUCGGAUACGUUGAACCGCCUAUGAGUAGGUAUCAGCAGGAGCAACGCACCCAGCAGCUGGUACAGGCCGUCGGCGAGGUCCAAAACUUCAGUGUUUGUGGGAUGCUUAUCAUCGUUUGCGUCAGCGCUGCCCUGGUACUGCUAGAUUGUUCGCUGGAGCGGAUUGUUGAUUUUGUCGACGAUUUCUAUGGGCGAGAUUCAAUGGCUAGGAGGGCCAGACAGGCAGAUAAUAAGCUACACCUUUUACGUAUGGCGUUAGGGGGAAACGAGUGGGUGCUUGGGCGAUGGAGCAUCCCGGUGCGGGAUGGUGCUGUAAAGUAUAACAGACCCUCCGGCUCGAAGGACCUUGUCUCCUAUAGAGAUUCUAAGACGGGAGAAGAUACGGGAUGCUUGCAAGUAUGCGAGUGA